AUGUCCUCCUGUCUCUAUGGACUGAGGGAGGAGGAAAGUGCUUGCUUUUGCAAGGAAGUCAACGUCAGCUCCAAAAUUCAAUGUUUUGACACCAACUCCUUCCAAAAGCAUAUAGUUAUAAAUAUAUAUAUAUAUACAAUACAAUACAAUACAUCAAUGUCCAAUAUAUUCGAAUCAUAUGAGGAUGAGAUCAAGCUGUCCUUCAGAGACUUUGAUCAGAUCGUCAGUAAAUUCUCAAAUCUUUCACCAGAGUUGAAACAAGCUGAACUUGAGAAGCUUGAGCGAUUGCUAGCAUCGAUAGAGAGCAACUUGGAGAGCCUCAAUCUCGAGUCUAAUAGGACAGGCAAAUCAACCAAUCAGUACUUUACACAGUUCUAUCAGGCAAAGAAGACAUAUCAGCAGUACAAGGACAAGUACCAGAAUGAGAAGAACUACUCAGAUCUGCUCGGCUCGCCCAGCUAUCGCGACUUUAACAACAGUGCCUCGAUGACUCAGCGCGAGAAGGUCACCAAGGCCAACAAGACGCUCGAGAGCGGCAUCCAGAUGAUCAAAAUGGCCAACGACCAGGUGCACCAAGACACCCAGGUGGCCGAAGCCACACUGAACAACAUGGCACAGCAGCGCGAGCGUCUGCUGGGCUUUGAGAAGAAGUUCGACUCGAUUGAUCAUUAUUUGUCAUCGGCCAGGAAGACGAUUGGAGAGAUGUCGCGACGUGCCGUCGCCAACAAGGUCAUCAUGGCUAUCAUCAUCCUCGUGCUCCUCGCAUCGAUCGGACUGAUUGUCUGGUUGAAGUUUGUUCACAACUCUGGCGGCAAUCCUCCCGCAACUACCACCACCACCACAACAACCACAACUGCCACUACAACAGCUACAACUGGCGAUACUACAACAGGCACAACAGGCACAACAGGCACUACCGGUACGACCACCACCACUACUCCACCAACAACAACAACAACAACACAAGCUCCUACAACCACCUCUACUGCUGCUGCCACCGCCUCAUUACUCCUUCGUCAAAUGUUGGCGAACUAA